AUGGCCCAAAAGAAAUAUCUUCAAGCAAAAUUGACUCAGUUUUUAAGAGAAGACAGAAUUCAACUUUGGAAGCCUCCAUAUACAGAUGAAAAUAAAGAAGUUGGUUUGGCACUAAAGGACCUUGCUAAGAAGUACUCUGACAAGCUAGAAUGUUGUGAAAAUGAAGUAGAAAAGAUAAUAGAAGAAAUACGUUGCAAAGCGAUUGACCGUGGAACAGGAAAUAAAAAUUACAGAACAACAGGGAUUGCUACAAUUGAGGUGUUUUUACCUUCAAGACUAAGAAAAGAUAGGAAAAACUUAUUGGAGACCCAGUUGCACAUCACUGGCAAAGAAUUGAGGUCUAAAAUAGCUGAAACCUUUGGAUUUCAAGAAAAUUAUAUCAAAAUUGUCAUAAAUAAGAAACAGCUUCAACUAGGGGAAACCCUUGAAGAACAAGGAGUGACUCACAAUGUAAAAGCGAUGGUGCUGGAACUAAAGCAGUCUGAAGAGGAUGCGAGGAAGAAAUUCCAGGUGGAGGAAGAGGAGCACAAUGAGGCUGAACUAAAGGAAAAACGAAUUCAGAGGACUAAGAGAGGACUAGAGAUACUGGCAGAGAGAGCUGAGAUGGUGGUGGAUCCAGAAACUACACCAUACUUAGACAUAGCUAACCAGACAGGCAGAUCAAUCAGAAUUCCCCCAUCAGAAAGAAAAGCCCUUAUGUUAGCGAUGGGAUAUCAUGAGAAGGGCAGAGCUUUCCUGAAAAGAAAAGAAUAUGGACUAGCCUUGCCAUGUCUGUUGGAUGCUGACAAGUAUUUCUGUGAGUGCUGCAGAGAGCUGCUGGACACAGUGGAUAACUACGCCGUGCUCCAGCUAGAUAUAGUGUGGUGUUACUUCCGCUUAGAGCAACUGGAAUGCCUUGACGAUGCAGAAAAAAAAUUAAACUUGGCCCAGAAAUGCUUUAAAAAUUGUUAUGGAGAAAAUCAUCAGAGACUGGUUCACAUAAAAGGAAAUUGUGGGAAAGAGAAGGUAUUGUUUUUAAGACUCUACCUGCUUCAAGGUAUCCGAAACUAUCACAGUGGAAAUGGUGAAGAGGCUUGUGAGUAUCUCAACAAGGCACGUCAGCUUUUUAAAGAGCUAUAUAUUGACCCAGCAAAAGUUCACAAUCUGAUGCAGUUGGGAUUUACUGCCCAGGAAGCCCGACUUGGCCUAAGGGCGUGUGAUGGGAAUGUGGAUCACGCGGCCACUCAUCUCACCAACCGCAAAGAGGAACUGGACCAAAUAAAGAAAGAGGAAAAAGAAAAGAAAAGACGCCACCUGGACAGCAUAAACUCUCUGAAAGGGAUGGGCUACUCCGUGCAUGCAGCCAAACAGGCCCUGCAUCAGGCCAGCGGGAACCUGGAUGAAGCACUGAAGAUUCUCCUCAGUAAUCCUCACAUGUGGUGGUUAAAUGAUUUAGAUCCAGAAACCAACAACCAUGGAGAAAGUCCUUCCCAGGAAAACAUUGACCAACUGGUGUACAUGGGUUUUGACGCAGUAGUGGCCGAAGCUGCGCUGCGAGUGUUCAGGGGCAACGUGCAGCUGGCAGCUCAGACGCUGGCUCACAGCGGAGGAAGCCUGCCCCCCGACCUGCAGCUCUCAGUGGAGGACUCUUCAUCAACACCGUCCACGUCCCCUUCAGACUCCGCAGGAACCUCCAGUGCCUCCACAGAUGAAGACAUGGAGACAGAGGCUGUCAAUGAAAUACUGGAAGACAUUCCAGAACAUGAGGAAGAUUAUCUUGAUUCAACUCUGGAAGAUGAAGAAAUUAUUAUUGCAGAGUACUUAUCCUAUGUAGAAAGUAUAAAGUCAGCAACAAAGAAAAACUAAAUGAUGGCGAGAAAUAAGUACUGAGUUUCUGCUUAUAAAUUCUAUCUCUAUGAAAAGUCUAAUGCAGCUCCUUUUGUCCUUUUUGUCUGAUUUUGCUCCAAGAGUUCUUCCUCCGCAGGCUGUGGGGGCAGACAGGUGUAGAAGGUGGAGAGGAGACUUGUUGGGCUGGGAGGGGGUCCUGGUCCUUUGCAGGUGGCCUGGGGAGGGAGGUUCUUCUGGCCUGGCUGCCCCCUGCUUAGCUUCUCAUCCAGAAAUGGGAAGGCGGCUUGCUGCUGGGGCAUGGGGUGUACCCAGGGAAGGGAAGGGAGAGGAAGGAGGGUGCCAGACCCAUCUCCUCUGCAUCCCGCGCUGCUUGCCGCCCUCCUGCACCUGCUGCAUUCGCUUCCCUUCCCACGUCUUCCUGCACCAGCCUCACGCUGCCCCGAAAUCCUUCAAAGCCUCAUUCUAAGUGCUGGGGGCACAAAGAUGAGGCCCAGGCUGCGGGGCCAUGCCACCUGUGGCCUGAAACGUCUGUGGUUUAUGUUCUUAGUUCAGUAAAAUAUGCUCUUGAAAUUCAAGGUUGAAAUUCAGACUUUAUGUAUAUUCAAAAUUCCUCAUUACAAAGAAAAAGUCAUUUACUCAAUGGGAGAAUUUUAAAUGCUGACCAAAGCAACUUAUUUUUAAUUAACGUUUUUAGACUGUACCCUCUUACUAAUCUCACUGCUAGCUAAGAAGCCUGUCAGAGAUUUAGAUAUAUUUUCUCCAGGUUUUUUGUGGGUUUUCUGUCGUAUGUAUGACAGACUAUUUCUAAAG